GUGGCCCAUUGCAUGUCAACUCAAUAGUCAGAUCUUUCCGUCAUCUCCUUCAUUCUCUUCCUUCAAACUUUGCCCUAUUUAGCAUCAAACACACACACACACGCACAAAAUUCAAUUUCGCAAUCAGCAGUCAAAAAUCAAGCAAAAAAUUGAUCAGAUCAUGGAGAGGGGAAAGGAUUUGGCAGCUGCAGAGCCGUCCGCGGCGGCGCCGAGCCGGUACGAGUCGCAGAAGCGGCGCGAUUGGAACACCUUCGGGCAGUUCCUGAGGAACCAGCAGCCGGCGGUGGAGCUGCACCACUGCAACAGCAGCCACGUGCUGGAAUUCAUGAGGUAUCUGGAUCAGUUCGGGAAGACGAAGGUCCAUCUGCAGGGAUGCCUCUUCUACGGGCAGCCCGAGCCGCCGGCGCCGUGCGCCUGCCCGCUGAGGCAGGCGUGGGGCAGCCUGGACGCGCUGAUCGGGCGGCUGCGCGCCGCCUACGAGGAGCACGGCGGAUCGCCGGAGACGAACCCCUUCGCGAGCGGCGAAAUUAGGGUUUAUCUGAGGGAGGUGAAGGAGUUUCAGGCGAAGGCGAGAGGGGUUCCUUACAAGAAGAAGAAGAAGAGAUCCGGAGCCACGCGAAACGAUGAUGAUGAUCACUCCAAUUCGUCGUCUACGACGCCGUUUUCUUAAGAAUCGGAUCGGAUUAAUAUUUGAUUCGCUGUUCUGGAAUAAUCUGAUUGAGGAUCUUGACAUCUUGUGCUGAAUCUUCCGACACACACACACACACAAAGAGAGAGAGAAGAAGGCAAAAAUUACUGCAGAUGAAAACAAAAACCCUAAAACAUGAACAUUUCUUGACAGAAAGCCAAAGUUUUAGCUCACAUUAUUUAGGCAAAUUUUUCAUUAAUCAUACAAAAAAAGGGAGAAAAAAAAAACACACAAACACACACAGUAAGCUAGCUAGUAAGAUUAUCCCCCACCAAAUUGAGUAGCUCUGCAGUAUUGCAUGUCAGCCUUCCAUUUCAUGAGCAUCUUUAGAGAUUGUGGCAGAUCUUUUGCCCCCACAAAUAGUAAAUUGCGUUAGAGGGUAAGUGUAUAUGUUAAUUAAAUCAAGAAUGGGACACACAUAUAUACUAUAUUAUAUAAAUUAUAAUAUGCAUAUUCAUUAAUUUCAAGCUCUA